AUGGCGGUGCAGUCGAAGGAGAUGGCUUACACCAUGGAGUAUCCUCCAGAAAAGCUGAAGUUCACGGAGCACUUCUCCUCCUUGUUGUUCAGCGGCGACCUGGGAUUGACGCUUUUGGAGCUGGGAAGUUUGGGAUCUCUGGUGGCGGCCGCCUUUCUGGUUCCUCCAGAGAAGGCCAACGUGAAGGGAUCUUGGACUUUGAAAGAGUUGGCAGGCUUUCUCUGUGCAAAAGCCGUAGUGACACGACUCUACAAUACCUAUUUGGAGGCGAUUUUCUUCAGCUUUCCUCAGUUCCGCACUCAACCCUCCCGAGAACACGCUUUGAAGAACAAGAAAGACCUGUGUGGACGUGACAUGAAAGAGCUCCAGACCAUCCUCUACCACGACAGGUUGACCUUGAUCAGCCAGUUUGCAUUCAAUGUCGGGCUCUACUAUGCCAUUCCUGGCUAUUAUCCUAUGGCACAAGAAGUGGUGGCACCCCUCCGUGAGCGUGUCGUGCGAGUGGUGGCGAAUCACUACAUCCUCUCCUUCGGCAUGUACUGGAUGCACCGUGCAUUGCAUGUGGUGCCCUGGCUUUGGGACAAGAUCCACUCAUACCACCACUGGGCCAAGCAUCCGCUGUCACGCAACACCUAUGAUGAUCACUGGUUGGACAACCUGGGGAACGCGGUGAUUGGUCACUUCUGUGCUCAGAUCCUCUUGCCACUAGACCGCGGCAGCUUUUGGUUCUCUCAUUUGAUUCGGAUCUUUGAGAGUCUGGAAAAGCACUCGGGCGUGAGCUGUGGAUUCAACCUGGCCCACCAGCUGCAGAGGGUGUUGCCAUUUGCUCAGAUGCCCCAUCACCAUGACUGGCAUCAUGAAGGCCACAAAGGUUGCAACUAUACCUUUACCUCCAUCGGCGGCUUGUGGGAUUGUGUCUUCGGCACGCGAAAGGUGGGCCGUGCACCCGAGAUUCUAUCGUCCCAGACCACUUUGAUGGAUCGAGUGCAGGGAAAGAAGGCAGGCCGUUCUAAGAGCUUGUUGGAUCAUCCAGUGGUUGUCAUGACACCGGUCGUUUCGGUCGCUGCGUUGGCCUUUGCGAAACUUCAUCGGGAGAACUAUUCCUUGGCCAAGUGA